CAACUUCUCCGCCCUCGCCAACGCACAACAACGAUGGCGAGCGCAGCGAGCGAGAGCUACUACAUCGGGAUCGACGUCGGCACCGGCUCCGCGCGCGCGGGGCUCGUCAAAGCGGACGGCACCCUCCUCGCCACCUCCACGCACGCGACCCAGACCUGGCGCGACCCGGACGACCACCGCAUCUUCGAGCAGUCCACGCUCGACAUCUGGGCCGGCAUCGCCAAGACCGUCCGCGCCGUGCUCGCCGAGUCGGGCGUGUCCCCGGAGCGCGUGCGCGGCCUCGGCUUCGACGCGACGUGCUCGCUCGCGGUGAGCGACGAGAACGGGGAGCCGGUGACGGUCACGAAGGGCGACGCCCUCGGGACGGGAGGAGAGCGCAAUAUCAUCCUGUGGGCCGACCAUCGCGCCGAAAAAGAGGCCGAGCUCAUCAACAGCACCGGCACCGUCCCGCUCAAGUACGUCGGCGGCACCAUGAGCCUCGAGAUGGAGAUCCCGAAAGUGCUCUGGCUCAAGAACCACAUGCGCCCCGAUCUCUUCAAACGCUGCCAAUUCUUCGACCUCCCCGACUUCCUCACCUACCGCGCCACGUCGGACAACGCGCGCUCCUACUGCUCGCUCACGUGCAAGUGCUCGUACGUGCCCUCCGAGGCCGGCUGGCAGUCCGACUUCUUCGACAAGAUCGGCCUCGGCGAGUUCGUCACGGAGGGCUUCAGGCAGCUCGGCGCGGUGAGGAAGGAGCACGUGCUGAACGCGGGCAUGCCCGUCGGCAAGGGCUUGAGCAAGCGCGCGGCGGAGGAGCUCGGCCUCCUCGAGGGCACGCCCGUCGGUUCGGGCGUGAUCGACGCAUAUGCUGGCUGGUUGGGUACCGUCGCUGCCAGCAUAACGGAGAACGGGCAGCACAAAGGGCAGCAUCCGUCUGUGGACGAGUCUCGCCAUCGCCUGGCCGCCGUCGCUGGCACCAGCACAUGUUACGUGGUCCAGAGUCCUCAAGCGGUCUUCGUACCCGGAGUCUGGGGGCCGUACAAGGAUGUUGUCUUUCCCGGCUGGUGGAUGAACGAGGGUGGGCAAUCAUCUACCGGACAGCUCAUCGACUUUAUGAUCAAGACCCACCCUGCGUACAACCGCCUCGUGGAGCUCGCGGAACAGAAAAAGACCAACAUCCACGCUGUCCUCCAAUCGCUGCUCGAAGAACUGCGCGACAAGGACGGCCUCGGCUCCUUCACCGAGAUCACCAAAGACAUGCACUUCUACCCGGACCUGCACGGGAACCGGUCCCCGAUCGCGGACCCGCGCAUGCGCGGCUCGCUCGUCGGCCUCGCGCUCGACAGCACGCUCCACGACCUCGCGCGCAAGUUCAACCUGACGCUCGAGGCGAUCGCGCUCCAGACGCGGCACAUCGUCGACUCGAUGAACGCCGCCGGGCACGCGAUCGACGCGAUCUACAUGUCGGGCGGGCAGGCGAAGAACAGGGCGCUCAUGCAGCUCCUCGCCGACUGCUGCGGGAUGCCGGUCGUGCUCCCCGCCGACGGAGGCACGGCCGUCGUCCUCGGAUCCGCGAUGCUCGGCCGGUUCGCGGACGAGGCGAAGGGGAAGACGUUCGGCCCGGAGGAGCAGAGCAAGCGCUUCUGGGAUAUUAUGGUCGAGAUGACGCCUUCUGGAACGAUCGUGCGUCCGGCCGCGUCGCCCAAGGAGAAGAAGCUGCUCGAAGCGAAGUACAAGAUCUUCCGCGAGGCGAUCGACAUUCAGUACCGCUGGCGCGCGCAGAUCGAGGAGGCCUCGAAAUGAGUGCAUGAACGGCUCUGCUGGACCAUCGUAGCCAAAUUCACAAUGUAAUAUAAGUCAUAGAGGGAUAUAGAGGGUGUCGCCUAGAGAACUUCAA